ACUAAACUAUUAAACUAGCAAAGAUAUAUCAAGAAAAUGCCUUCCGAUUCUUAUACUUGUGACCUUGAUCCAGAUACAAAUAGUACUCUUAAAAUGUAUCUUUUCAAGAACGUUGAGAAUGUGGAGGAAAUCCGGAACAAUAUUAUCAAAGGAGCGUGGAACUGCACUGUGAUCAAGCCCAGCUUGAUACUGGACCCUUUCCAAGUGGUCGCCGCCGCGAACCGCGCCGCCGUGUCGGCGAAACUUGGCUCCAUGGUCACGAGAACAGUCUAUGCUGAGAUUCUAUACAAUUUGUCUUUAACCAAGAACAUUUCGCAGAGUUUAAGCAAGUUUGGAGUUGAGAAAGACCCAAAUAUGCUCGUCUGUUUCAUCACGUCUGUAGAUAAAGAUGAGAGCAAUGAUAUCGUACCUUUGAUAAAGGGAGAAAUAUGUCCAAUGUCCGAGCUCACACAGUUUACCAAUUUGAAAGACUUGAAAAGUGUGUAUAAGCUAAAUAAGGUGGAUUGUAAGAGUAAUAACGAUUUGUUGGACAUUGUUGUGAGUAGGAUGGUUACAAAAAACUUUGUGUCACAUUAAAACUAUCCCAAAUAUGUUUUUAGUGCAAAGCAUUUUUUAUGAACUAUAUCUUAGGGUGGUAUUCCACCUGUCCAAUAUCUUGGUCCAAUGUCGUUGCGUCUCACUCUCUCAUUAAGCAAAAUGUGAGACAAAAUACACAUUGGACCAAUAUAUUGGACAGAUGGAAUACCACCCUUAGACUUUAGAAUUUUUUAUGAAAACAUUGUCACAUAUUGUAGGUAAAUACAGAUAUACAGGAUGAUUCAUGAGACGUGAGCAGGACUAAUCCUGCACACUCAGUAACUGAUAAUUGAUCGAUCACCGUCGUAUUUAGGAGAAACAACAACACUUUUUCCUAUUUUUUAACUUAUUGGUGUUGGCAAAUUUAAUUCUCAACAAUCAUGGUCACCCUACAGGACCUAAUUAAUAAACAUAAAUCCUCUUUAACCGUAAUGGCAUUUUGAUUACGAAGAAAAUAAACUGUCAAACUGGAGUGAGAUACGAGUUUUCAAAAGUAACUAGACCGUGAUGACAGUAAUGACAUUCAAUUUGACACUGAAUAUCGGUAGUUUAGCAUUCUAAUUUUAGGGUGACCAUGCAUGUCGUAAAAAAAUUAAUAAGUUUUUUUUACAACACAACUAGAAAAUUAACAUUAACCUCACUAAUACUGAUAUGUAACAGUUGCUUAUAAUUAACGAUAUGCGCAGUGUUAGUCCUGCUCACGUCUCCUGAAUCACCCUGUAUAAUAUGUACAGGAAAGAGGGAAUUUUAAAAGAACACAAUUUAUGUACCAUGUUUUAUUUCAACAACAACAAUUUUAAAUUGUAUAAUGUACAAUUAAAUUACACAAUUUGUAAAAGCCACUAAUUAAAUCAACUUUACAAAUGCAUA